GCGCGCUCCCAUUACGUGCCGCCACCUCACGCCCCUGCAAGUGCCCAACGUGCGCUGCGUGGUUCCGUUACGUGUCACAUCAUGUUUCGUGCGCUCCCAUUACGGGCCGCACCUCGCGCCUCACUGUGCGACUUCUGUAGUUCCAGAGCUCGCGAGGGCCAGGGCCGUUGGCGGCGGUUGGAAGGAAACGAUGAGUGCCUCCUCGUGGCCCCAGAAUGGAAUGCCGCCGUCGUCCCUGUACGAGCGGUUAAGUCAGAGGAUGCUGGACAUCUCGGGGGACCGGGGCGUGCUGAAGGACGUCAUCCGAGAAGGAGGUGGAGACCUAGUGGCGCCUGAUGCUUCGGUGCUAGGUACUGAAUACUCUGGAUACCUGGAACACUUGGACAGACCCUUCGAUUCUAAUUACUUCAGGAAAACUCCUCGGCUAAUGAAACUUGGAGAGGAUAUUACACUGUGGGGCAUGGAGCUGGGCCUUCUGAGCAUGCGGAGAGGAGAGCUGGCCAGGUUUCUGUUCAAACCGAACUAUGCCUAUGGAACGCUGGGCUGCCCUCCCUUGAUCCCCCGAAACACCACUGUCCUGUUCGAGAUUGAGCUGCUUGACUUCCUAAACUCUGCUGAGUCGGACAAGUUUUGUGCUCUCUCAGCUGAGCAGCAAGACCAAUUUCCACUUCAGAAGGUCCUGAAAGUGGCAGUUACAGAAUGGGAGUUUGGCAACUACCUUUUCCGCCAGAAUCGUUUCUAUGAUGCCAAAGUGAAAUACAAAAUGGUUCUUCACCUACCAACGAGGGGAGAGAGCUGUGGUUCUCCAUCGUUGGAGGAAUGGAAGGGAGCUCCCCAGCGCAGCCGUGGCAGCCACCUUCCAGGAGCAGGGGCUGGAAUGUCCCGCGGCCGCAUCUCUGAUGGACACGGCUGAAAUGUGUUUUUACAGGUGCUGUUUUCUGUUUUCCGUGUUGGUAACAGAAGGGAGGGAAGGCGCAGCUACUGACAAGGAGAACAACUGCUACUUUUUAAGGCAGUUUCUUGUUUUUUUAGACGGAAUUAGUCCUUGGCUUCCCUCCCAGUCCCAGCCCUGCUUCUGGCUGUGAAUGUCCCCGAGUCAACACCAAUAGAGAUUGCUUUGUGUAUUUUGUAGGGUUCUCUGUUUUGAAGAGAGAAUUAUGUUACACAUAUUUUUGUUGUAAAUAAAUAAAACACUUCCUUGUCCUUGCAAGAUCCAGUAU